CUCCAAUGUUGCUGUUACUGUGCCCACAUCCUAUAUAUCAAGCAAAGUGUGCCAGACUACCCUAAACACUGUGAAGUAUAGUGUAAAAAAGUAUUUUUUACAUGAAGAAGAAAGGUUUGUUCACCCUUUUUUGUUGUCUAUUGCUCUUAGCAGUGGCCUUUGUGCUGCCACUGAGGUCCCAGCGGACAAAAAGAGGACUAAUCGAGCUGGCAGGAGCCAUCAAAUGCAGCACAGGUAGAUCGGCCUUGGCUUACAUGAUGUACGGAUGCUACUGCGGACUGGGGGGUCAAGGCUGGCCUAGAGACAGGAAGACAUGUAUGUUUUUCAUUGCAGAUAAUUUGAAGGACAUGUGUGAAAAGCUGCAGUGCAAAUGUGACAGAGAUGCUGCCAAAUGUUUGAGAAAAGCACCUUUCAUCCAGAAGUAUGCCGUGUGGCCGGAUUUGCUGUGUGGUUACAAACAACCGACAUGUAAUAUUUACUGACACAAUAAUUGCAUAUGCAUGUUUUGUCUGCCUUUUGCAAACACUAUGUUAUAUUAAUGAUGGUGAAAAUGGCCAAAGACACUUUAAAUAGGCUUAUUUUGUGAUUUCAAAAAACUUUGUCAUUAUUGGGGGGUCUCUUAAUUAAAUUCUGAAUUCACAGAAUGAGAUGUUUCAGGAGUAAACUAGUAAUGCAGAUGCCUUUAUAUCAACUGCCACUUUUAUAAAGGUCAAAACCUUUGGGCAUGUUUUUGACAACACUUCAUUUUUUUAAAGCUAUUUGAAAAAUCUGCGAGCUAAUAAACAAACUGAGGCUUUUCUACUUUUGUAUUUCAAGUCUGCUCUGACACACAUUUCCUUUUUUCCCACCAGAACCAAUGUGUGAAAUACUUCUGCUGUAUUGUCAUUGCUAUUUCAGUGACACUGCAACCUUGCAGAGGCUUUCCUCAAAACCUGAUUCAGACCAUAUUUAAAAACUUAUUCAGUUCUUUAAGGCCAGCAUGGUUUUAGAAUCCUGUGCUAAAAGAGUAAGUUACAGUCACUCAAACGCUAUUACAUGAACUCAUAUACAGCUCCCUUAUUAUGAACCAGGUGUGGAGAAACCACUGUGCAUGAUCUCAGUGGCUGCUUUCUUCACAGCAUUAAA